UUUCGAUCACCAAAGCCGAGUAAGCCGAACGGUUCAUCGGAAAUGACACCACUUACCCGACAAUUGCAUGAAAUGCUGAAUAUCGGGUGCCCCCCAUCUUCUGGGCCACCAGUACCGUUCACAGACAACUUAAAUCAAUACAUGAAUCGGAGCUCUUAUUCUGAAGGUCCGACAUAUCAUGAUAAGCACAGUAUCAACAAAAUGGACGAUGGCGGAUACAAGGGUAAUUUGGCACGAGCAGUUUCUUCUAAUCCUGAGCAUUCCUUCUUUGCGACAGCUUGUGACACCAAGUGGGCUCCAUCUAGUUCAGAUUUUGACCGUGCUAGUUUUGCAGUAAAGCCAUGUUUAAAGAAUGAUGCUAGUCUAGAUUUCUACAAUUCAUUCAAAAACGAUCACUAUCCUAAACUUUGGGAAGGUGAUCUUGAAAGGAGAGAUUUCAACAAUGGAUCCGGAAUCUUCAGCAAGAAAAUAUUCAUCGGCGGAAUUCCAAGAGAUAUGACUGAAGAAGAUAUCAUUAGUAUAUUUUCUAAGUUCGACACUGAUGUUAGAAUAGAAUGGCCCGAAAGUCGCCCAAAUAUAAGAAGUACUCCUAAAGGAUACCUUUAUAUCAUAUUGAGCACGAAUGAGAAUGUCAGAAAUUUGUUAUACUCGUGCGAUCUUGUGUAUGAAGGAGGCUGUGAAACGUUCAACUUCGACAUCAUCUACAAGAAGAAACUGAAGCAGCUUCAAGUUAUCCCUUGGCUAACAUCAGACAGUCAUUUCAAGUUUGGUGAUCCGACAGACUCUCAAAAAAUAAAGUUUACUGUGUUUAUUGGUGCACUUCAUGGUCGUCUACACGCUAAAGCGAUCGCAUUCAUAUUCAAUAAAAUGUUUGGAGAAGUUCUGCUUGUGACCAUUGACACUGAUCGCCAUAAAUACCCAACAGGAUCGGGUAGGAUUACUUUUGCUUCUGAUGAAAGUUAUAAAAAUGCCAUUUCAGCUAACUUUAUUCAGAUUGAGGCAAAGAAGGUUAGUAAGAAAGUUCAGAUAGAACCGUGCAUUGAUGGCCAGAAGUGUUAUCUUUGCUUAGAAGAUGACGCCCCAAACUUUUGUAAGGAACCAAAAUGCUUUGAGUAUUAUUGUAAUAGCUGUUGGGGGAAGAAGCAUUCCUCACCAGGCAACAAAAACCACAUACCAAUUCGUCGAAAGAGUAAAUUUGAGUAUUGAACCGUGUUAAUGAAUAAUUGUCCAUCUUGAUUCUUCAUGAAAAGAUUGAUUGAUAUAAUAUUUAUACUUGCAUUGUCCUCAAUAUCUUUAUGUAAUCUAAUUCAUGACUUUCUUACGUAUGUAAUUUUCUUACUUUGUACCAUGAUUAUCUAACCAGUUUAACAGAUGUGAAAUUUAUUUGUAAUGUUAACAUUAUUAAUUGGCCUUGGGCAAAAUAACAUUUAGAUAAAGAACCGAGCAAUUAAAAAAAACACAAUCGAUGGAUUACGACAGUCAAAGGCCAAUCAAUAAUGGGAACUCUAAAGUUAAGUUAUGAGUAUUUUGUUUAAUGUAAUAAAUUAUUUUUGUAAAAAUAUUAUCAAGCAAAUGUAACUUUGCUGUUUGGUUAACAAUUUUGUCUACUUACCAGUAACUGGGUAUAACACCUCAUGCUUUGCGAAUAUGUUUAUAUAUGGGCUGAAUUCUAACUUUUGGCAAGCCCCCAAAUUUUGAAGUCCUGGAAUAUGUUAAAUUCAAAUUUUUAAAAAUUUGUCGAAUUCGAGUACGUUUAAGUUUGAAGAGCAGACAUCAUGAUAUUGAAUUUACAGUAUCAAUUAUGAUUUGGAAAUAGGCUUUGUAAUAGACCCGAUCCUGCUGAUCGAAACAAAUAUGAAUUCCGAAUUUUUUUGAUUUCAUUUUUUGGGAGAUUGAGUUAUGAUUUCGAACAUCAAGUCUGUGAUGAGAUAUUAACUGAGAAAUUUUCACUCACUGGUCACUAGCCAUCAGAGCAAUACAGCAAGCAGAGAGAUACAAUUUCCCUUGACCACUCCCCUGAUUCUACAGUGGAGUUCGGAGGAGUCAAUGACAAACAAGAUUGCUUAGUUCGUAUUAGAGUUCGGCAUAAACCAUUAUGUCUACAAUGGAUUUUAGCUAACUCUAUUGCUGGCUAACUUGUUAGACGUUUGGAAUUGCCCAUUGAUCACGGCCAUACAAAAAUUCAAAAUUCUGACAUUGGGAAAUUGGUCGACUCAAUUGCCACGACUCUUGUAAUUUCUUGAUCUUAGCUCCUCUUGCUAUAUUCCCAGCUGUUAAGUAAUUUGUUCAUAUGAUCAUGAGAAGUAUAGUAUGAGUUUGUGCUUUACUCAGUGAAGUUUAUAAUUUAUGAUAUGUACAUAAUUUUCGAUUUAGUUAUUUACAGCUAGGUAUUGUAUAAUAAGGUAAUCUAAAUUAUUCUAUUCUAUUAUUUAAUUAUUCACCCAGUUUUGCGUUAUAGUACAAACUCAGUUUAGAUGUCGUAUGAUGGCAUGAAAGUUGUAUAUAUUUACUAUCAUUGCAAAUUUUAGUAUUUGAUUCAUACCUUGCCUAUAUCGAGUAUUUAGAAUAUCACUUUACCCUGAUUAGACCAUAUUUUAAUUCAUUUUGUAGCAACGGCAGCAAAUCAAUGUAAAACGUGUAUUUCACUUUUCAAAAUCUUCUUCAAUUUGUAAA